AUGUGUUCUUCAGAAGCUAGGGCGUACCCCAGAAGCGACGCGCACUGUCCUCACCCGGGCAAUGUGGCAAAUAUGCGAGGGCUACCGGCUAGAGGACGAAGCCGGCCAAAGAAGUUAGUCCGCCAUCGCCAGCAACAUCCAGUGCGCUUGGCAACACUUAACGUUGGGACGCUUACUGGAAGAAGUCGUGAACUCGCAGACAGUCUCAGAAAACGCCGUGUUGACAUAUGUUGUAUACAGGAGACUCGCUGGAAAGGCUCCAAGGCAAGGGAAUUAGGCGAUGGCUACAAGCUGAUCUAUCACGGCACAUCAAAUCGCAACGGCGUUGGUAUCAUACUGAACGAGUCGUUUAGAAAUAGCGUCACAGCGGUGGAUCGACUAUCGGAUCGCUUGAUGGCUGUAAAAGUAGAUACAGGAGAAGUGGAAUUGCGAGUCGUCUGUGCUUAUGCGCCACAGAUGGGCUGUAGUGAAGAAGAGAAGGCGUGCUUUUGGGAGGAUCUGGAGCAGUACGUCCAAUCCCUGGAAAGCGAAGAAGUACUUUUAAUCGGAGGAGACUUCAACGGACAUGUCGGUUCCCGGAAAGACGGAUUCGAGAGUUGUCAUAGUGGAUACGGCUAUGGAGCUCGUAACGACGACGGGUUGCGAAUCCUAGAGUAUGCUGUUCCAAGUGACUUGAUCAUUGCUAACACGCAGUAUCGGAAAAGAAAAUCGCAUUUGAUCACGUACACCAGCGGCGGUCGUGAAACACAAAUAGAUUUCUGGAUGUUACGCCAACGAGAUCGCCGACUUCUGCAGGAUUCAAAAGUCAUCCCUACAGAUCAUGUCGCUGCCCAACACCAUCUGCUCGUUAUGGACUUGAAAAUCUCCCGUCCAAGGAAGAGACAUCCAAGGACUGAAACACAGCGCAUCAAAUGGUGGAAUCUGAAGGAUCGAAAGGAGGUAUUUUUCGCGUCCGUGGCUCCAUCUACACUUCCCCACCCUACUCGUAGUGUGGAAGAAAUGUGGUUGUCUACUUCCAGCGUUAUACGCUUGACCGCGGAAAACACUGUGGGAAAGACGACUCUAGGUAAGCCAAAGGUACAAAAGGCUACGUGGUUUUGGAACGAGGAAGUUCAGGCGGCAAUUCGUGAGAAGAAGUCCAAGUAUAAGCUCUGGCGGAGGACGCGUCAGCCUGAAGAUCGGGGUGCUUACCUAGCGGCGAAGAGGGAGGCUAAGAAGGCAGUCUCCAAGGCGAAGUCGGACCGCUCCAAGGCUUUGUACGGCAUGUUUGAUACGAAGGAAGGCGUGCGGGCAGUGUAUCGUUUAGUCAAAGCGCGUCACCGCUCAACGUUGGAUAUGAAACGCACCAAGAUCGUUAAGGGAGCUGAUCGCAUCGUUCUGCGUCACUUUGGUCAGAUCCUGGAGAGGUGGCGAGAGUACUACAAUCACUUGUGUAACGAAGAAUUCUGUCGUCUUCCCGUCCCAAUGUUCCCAGCGUCGAUAGUCCUGUUCUACCAAUUACUGCCGUCGAAGUUAGUGCUGCCCUCGCAAAAAUGA